AUGUCACGAUUCUUUGACGCUUUUGAAGUAUACAACAAGAACAAACACGCACCAGCUGACUUUAAGUCACAUGGUGGCAGCAGCUUGAACACGGGAGCCACGACGGCUUACAUGUUCGCUCGUGAAUACCGGGGCCCCAGCACAGGUGAAAAGAAGGAAGCAGCUGCAGCUGCGCUAGCAGCAGACGUGAAGGCUGGUAAAGUGGAGUUGGUCAACGAUCCAAAUACUGCCGAUUCCUCCAGAAAGUCUAGUGUCAGCGAGGAGGCCAUGCCCCAGAUGGUAGACAUAUCGAAGUUGACUAGAGAAGAGUUUGAAGCUUUAUAUAACAAAAUCAAUCCCGGUAUGCUUCGUAAAGGAGAACCUAACAACAAGGUCAAUUUCUAA